CUGCUCGCACGUGUGCACUUUCUCUGUCUUUCAAAAUAAAUAAACAUUUUAAAAAUUUAAUUUAAAAAAUUCGAUGAACUGUAGCAAUUCCAUUAUUAUUACGCCGAAAACUCCCUGGUAAUUUUAGCCAAGCUCAGAAUCUUAACUGUCUAGUACUGGAAAGAAUGUCUAUUGCCCAUAGAUGAAAUUUUUGAAACUACUACCCAUUCAAAUGACAGUACGUAAUCACGGUCUCCAGAGAAGCAACGACUUUGGUUUUGUGAAACCAUUCAUUCUUGACUUCACUUUGAUAUUUCUCUCUACAUUUUUGUUUCCGUUCCUCUGACACACAGAAUCACUAAGUAGUCAUACGGUUUAAUAACUAGAAUUCUUAGGAUUAUUGCCAUCAGUAAGAAAAAGGAGAAACAGAAGUAUCUGAGAAGAAUGGUAGCAAAGGAAACUUAAGCCCCCUUCACCAGGCUGGGAAAAGCUGAGCUAAGGGGAGAGAUCUCCAAAGCCGGACAAGGCCGUCAAGUGGAGAACAAGGCCACAGUCCUCCCGCGUUCCUAGAGAGGACCCCUCUUCUGAAAGACAAGUGUUGACGCACUUCCGGCUUCUGUGGGACUCACAGAUGUGCGCGCAAUCAAGGUUGUGAUGAGCAGAGGGUGUGGGUCCAAGUGCGCCGCCCUUUGCCACCUCCCCCCAAGAGUCACCUCCCUUUUCUGCCCCAGCACCCCCAGACGUCUCCGGGGUUCACGCAGGAUAGCAAAAACUGGCCUCAUAAAACAUCUAGGACCUUAUUUGGAUCAAGUGAGCCAGUUCUUCCAACCUGAACAAUGACUGCUGAAUCAAGGGAUACCGCAGAUUUGUCUCCACAGGCCACCCAGGAGGUGGAAGGCAUAGUGAUAGUGACAGUGGAGGCGGAAGAUGAAGAUGAGGAAGGCCAUUUUCAAAGGGGAAGAAAUAGCAUAGAAUUAUCCCCACAAUUUAUUAGUCGGUCCACAACCAUGAAUGAGAGAGCCUUAUUAUCAUCAUAUUUGGUUGCCUAUCGAGUGGCAAAAGAGAAAAUGGCUCACACGGCUGCUGAAAAAAUUAUUCUUCCAGCAUGUAUGGAUAUGGUACGUACAAUUUUUGAUGAUAAAUCAGCUGAUAAAUUAAGAACUAUACCCCUUAGUGAUAAUACAAUAUCUCGUCGAAUCUGUACAAUUGCAAACCAUUUAGAGGCAAUGCUUAUUACACGGUUGCAGUCUGGUGUAGAUUUUGCAAUCCAACUGGACGAGAGCAUGGAUAUUGCAAACUGCCCAACACUCUUGAUUUAUGUCAGGUAUGUGUGGCAAGAUGACUUUACAGAGGACCUGUUGUGUUGUUUAAGUUUAAAUUCACUUAUAACGGGAUUAGAUUUAUUUACCGAAUUAGAAAAGUGCAUUGUUGGUCAAUAUAAAUUGAACUGGAAAAAUUGUAAAGGAAUUUCAAGUGAUGGAGCAGCAAAUAUGACUGGGAAACACAGCAGGGUUAUUGAAAAAUUGUUAGAAGUAACACAUAACAAGGCUCUUUGGAAUCAUUGUUUUAUUCAUCAAGAAGCUUUGGUGUCCAAAGGAAUUCCACCAGGUCUAAUGGAUGUAUUGAAAAACGCAGUGAAAAUUGUUAAUUUUAUUAAAGGAAGCUCCUUAAACAGCCGACUUCUCGAAAUAUUUUGUUCAGAGAUUGGAGUUAACCAUACCCACUUACUGUUUCAUACAGAAGUCCGUUGGCUGUCUCAAGGAAAAGUAUUGAGCAGAGUAUAUGAACUCAGGAAUGAGAUUUACAUUUUUCUCACUGAAAAGCAAUCUCAUUUGGCAAAUAUUCUUGAAGAUGACCUAUGGGUAACAAAAUUGGCAUAUUUGAGUGAUAUUUUUGGCAUUCUUAAUGAAUUACAUUUUAAAGUACCGGGGAAGAACAAUGAUAUAUUUCAGUAUCUUGAAUGUAUUCUAGGAUUCCAAAAGACAUUAUUGUUGUGGCAAGCAAGACUUAAAAGCAAUCGCCCUAGCUACUAUAUGUUCCCAACGCUGUUGCAGCAUAUUGAAGAGAACGUUAUUAAUGAAGACUGCUUAAAAGAAAUAAAAUCAGAGAUAUUGAUGCAUCUCACUUCUUUGUCUCAAACCUUUCAUCAUUACUUCCCAGAAGAGAAAUUUGAAUCAAUAAAGGAAAAUAUUUGGAUGAAAGAUCCCUUUGUAUUUCAAACCCCAGAAUCAAUCAUUGAGUUAAACUUGGUGCCCGAAGAAGAGAAUGAAUUAUUGCAGCUCAGUUCAUCCUUCACACUGAGGAAUUAUUAUAAGACAUUAAGUCUAUCAGCAUUCUGGAUUAAAAUUAAAGAUGAAUUUCCACUGCUAAGUAGAAAGAGUAUAUUGCUGCUAUUACCAUUCACAACUACCUAUUUGUGUGAACUAGGAUUUUCCAUCUUGACACGAUUAAAAACAAAGACAUAGGCUCAACAGUGCACCUGACAUGCGUGUGGCCCUAUCCUCAUGUGUUCCUGACUGGAAUGAACUUAUGAACAGGCAAGCACACCCAUCGCAUUAAGUGUGAUGAGAUGCACUUAAUGAAAAGUGCUAUGAAAUGUGGUUUUUGUACUUUUUAAGGGUUUCUUUCGUAGAUGGUAUUUAUUAAUAAAAUUAUAUUUGGAAUUUA